AUGCUUAAAUUUAAGAGAGUGUAUCACUUCUCCAAGUGGCCAAUAGUUGAUCUUCUAGACUACAAUCAUCAAAUUAACUUGCUUAAAUCACAACUUCCUAAACCAAAUAUAUAAUAACUUCUAGGCCCUAAUUAUGAGAAAUAUUAACAAGCAUCUAUUUAAAUAGACUAUAUUUCUCAUUAGUAAGAGCCUUCAGAAAUAUAAAUACUUUCCCCAGAUCAUCCUGAAUUUAAGUAAACUGAUAGGAUCUUUUCCACUUUUGAUUAACUCUAAUAAAUUAGAGAAACAGAAUCCUUAAAGCAUUAAAAGUUUGCUUUAAAAGAAAUUGAAGAGGAUGAUAUAUUUACUGUUGAUGCCAUGUAAUCAUACAAACCUAAACUCACUUGCGACAAUCUAACAGAGAAUCAAUUAUUGUUAAUUAAUAUUCCUAUUAAUGUUACCAUCAAAGAAAUUUAGGAUUUUGUUUACUCUCAAACUUAAUAAUAAGUUUAAGUUCAACUUCACACUUGCUCCCUUAAUAUGAAUGCUUAUGCUACUCUCACUUUUUAAAAUUAAGCUGAAUAAUAUAAAUCAUAAUUACAUCUUACCAAAUUCAAUGGAAUUUUAUAAGAAUGCAAAUCUCUUCACAAUACUGGAGAAGAAUCUCCAUUCAAUAGAACAGUUGUAAUUACUAACAUUAAUAAAACUCUUUCACUUUAAGAUGUAUUACAUACUGUUGGAUAAUAUGGAAGAGUCUUAAAUGCUGUCGUUCCUUUAGAAAUUGAAAAUCCUGAUCUUCCACUUUAUGAAGAUAUCAUUCAUACCUUAACUGAACCAUGUAAAUUAGAAAUCCUUAAUGUAUAAACAGGAUAAACAGAAAUUGAAUUCUAUCCUAAUUUUGAACAAUUUGAAUAACUUUAUAAAAAUUGUAAGAAUUUAUUUAGUAAAUCUUAGUUCCUGAGUAUUAUGAUCCAAAUCUUGAGUUGACUUUAUUUGAAUAUCAAUAAUAAAAAGAUUAAAAAUAAGAUUAAUUUAGACUUUUUAGAUUACUAAAUCAAAAAACUAUUAAGUGUCUAAAGGUUCCCUCCAAUAUUAAAGAAGAUUAUAAAAAAUUAUGGAUUCCAUAAAUAAACGUAGAAGCUCCAAAAGAAAAUCUACAAUAUUAAUUAUAUGCUAAAACUUAUAAAAAUAGAGGAUAUUGUGUUUGUACAUUUUCAAGUAAAGCUAUGGCUUAAAGAGCAUUAUAUGCUAUUAAUGCUGCAGGUUCUUAAGAUUUAUCUGUAUUACCAUUACCUCUUUUGAAUACACCUAAUUUUUAUCCUGAAAAUACAACUCAUAGUAAUCAAGAAAAAUAUGGUGGUAAAUUUAGAAUUGAAAAUUUGGCAUAUCCUAAAUUAAGAGCUAUGAAAUCUUGGGAAGAUUUAGAAUUGUAUUAAAUUGAUUUAAUUUAUAAUCUUAAAUAACUUGAAAAAUUUAGGAAUUAAAUUUCUUAAAUUAGAGAUUAAACAAUAGAAGCAAUUUAAACUAAUGAAAAUACUUAUUAAAAAAAUCUUGAAGAGAAAAAAGAAAAAGUUAAAUAAAAAGCUUAUUCUGAAUUAAAUAAAACUGAUGAAUAUAAAAAGUUUGUUGAGAAUAAUAGUUUUUCUGAAUCUUUAGCAUCUUUUGAAGAUAGUGUAGCAGUUGUACCUGAAGCUAAACCUGGAAGAAAAUUUGAUUUAUCUAUUCAAAAUGAAUAAUAUCAAAAUUUUGUUGAUGCUAUCAAGGAUAGAGCAUAAUCAUUAAAAUUGAGAGAAACAGAAUAUGCAGAUAAAUUAGUCAAAAAAUAUUAAACAAUUUUUUUACCUGAUACUAUAUCAAGAAAUUUAGAGAAGAAUGUUGAGAAAUCAGAUGAUACAUUAUUAUCUCUAUUGUAAACUAGAGUAUUAAGUAGUUAUUAACAAAAAGAGGUUAAUAUGAAAAAGUAUAUUUCAAAAUCUUCUAAAAUGAUGAGUUAAGGUGCUAUGUAUGCAGCAUCAGUUGAUAUGUAAUUUAAAAGAAUUGGAGAAAUAUUUUCUGCAAUUAAAAAAAAAGGUAAAUAUGUUUAAGAAGAAGCAAAUAGAGAUUCAAAAGAGGCUAUGGCAAAAAUUGCAUUAAAGAAAAAAAAAUUCAAACGUUAUUUUAGUAGCACAAUAACUAAUCCAGUUUAUUUAAAGAAAUUAGCUUUAUAGAAACAUGAAGAAUUUUUGGAAUAUAUUAGAAAAAUGUUAUUGGGAUUUGAUUCUUAAAAUGAAAGUUUAAUAGCUAUCCAUCCUUUGAAUCAUAAAGAUCAAUUAAAAGUAAGCUUGGCUCUUGCUAAAGAUGAUUAGGGAAAUGAAUUUUUGAAUGAAAAAAUCAUAAAUUAUGUUAAAGAGUUUGAUAUUACUGAUGAAACACGUGAUUUAAUUCGAUAACAAGAGGCAAAUAGAAAACAUUUAAUGAGCAUGAUAACAAAAGAUUAGAUUGCUAGAAUUAAGGACUUUUCUAAAUAAUCAUAUACAUAAAAAUUAAUAUCAUUAGACAAGCAUGGAAUAACUACGGAAACUUUUGAAGUUACAGAUAAUGAAGUUGAUAUUAAAUAAAUGGUUAAUGAUUUAAAUAAUUUUGUUGCUAUUGGUUCUGAAAAAUAUGAUUUUGUUAUUGAUAAUUUAGCAAAAAAAAGAUAUAUUGUUAAAAGUGAGAAACCAUUUGUAAAAUACGAUUUAGAUUCAUUUUCAAUUAAGGAUAUUGGAUUUUAAAAUUUAGAAAAAGAAGUAAAUUAUAAAAUAUGAUUAUUUUUAGUUUGUAAGUCUUUUACACAAAAAUGGAAUUUCAAAUGAUAAAGCUGUAGAAAUGCUUAAGGCCUUGGAAAAUGAUGGUUAAAUUUCUGAGGAGAUUUUAAACUUGAUUGAUCAAUUACCUGAAAAUGAAGAAACUGAUUACGAAAAAAUCUAUUAAAAUUAAGGAUUAACAAGAAAAUGUAAAUUUUUAUUAAUAUAUUAGAAUAUGAGUUAGCAAAAUCAUUAGAUUUCAGAAAUAAUUUAGAUGAAAUUUAAAAUGAUAUCAAUUAGUAAGCAUACUUAAAAGAUAUUUCCAAAAAGUAUUCCCCAAUGACAAAUGAUACAUUCGUAAGGGAUAAGGAGCAAGGAAAAUUAAAGAUAAAAAAUAAAAAAGGUAAAUUCUUAGUACCAAAGUAGAAAAAAUAUUGAAUUUUAAAUUGUUUUAUUAUAAUGCAGU